AUGCUGUGGGCUGCGCUGCUCCCGCGCGCCCUGGGCCGCUGCUGCCGGCGCCGCUGCUGCGCGCCCGGCGCCUGCUGGGCGGGCGGCGCCGGGGGCCGCCCGCGGGCCGUCCUGGGGCGGCCGCCGGGCGGGGGCCGGCCCGCGGGGCCGCCGCCGCUGCUGCUGUGCGCCCGGGGGCUGCGCUGGGCGGGAGGGCUCCACCAGCAUGCCGCGGCAGAGGCCUCCCAAGCCACCUUAGCCAGCGUGUCUCCUGUCUUUGCCGUGAUGAAGUUUGACAAAGAAGGAAAUACUAGCUAUUUUGAAAAGAAGAAAACAGAGUUGUACCAGGAAUUGGGUCUUCAAGCUCGAGAUCUAAGAUUUCAACACUUGAUGAGCAUUACAACUAGGAACAACAGGAUCAUCAUGAGAAUGGAGUUCUUGAAGGCUGUCAUAACACCAGAGUUUCUUCUGAUACUAGAUUAUCGUAAUUUAAAUCUGGAACAUUGGCUCUUCAAUGAACUAGCAUCUCAACUAGCUGGGGAAGGUCAACUAGUUACAUAUUCCUUGCCCUUUGAAUUUCAAGCCAUAGAAGCAAUUCUGCAGUACUGGAUCAGCAAACUGCAGGGGAGACUUAACACUUUGCAGCCUCAGAUCCUUGAGACUCUGGAAGCUCUAGUGGACCCCAAGCUUUUGUCUGUGGAUAGGAGUAAACUACACAUUCUCCUGCAAAAUGGCAAGAGCUUAUCAGAAUUGGAAACAGAUCUUAAAGUUUUCAAAGAAACAAUUCUGGAGAUCUUAGAUGAAGAAGAAUUAAUAGAAGAGCUCUGUCUAACUAAAUGGACUGAUCCACGAGUAUUUGAGGAGAGCACAUCUGGGAUUGACCAUGCAGAGGAAAUGGAGCUGCUGCUGGAGAACUAUUACAGACAAGCAGAAGAUCUUGCAAAUGAAGCUCGUGAACUCAGGGUAUUGAUUGAUGACUCAGAAAGCAUAAUCUUUAUCAACCUGGACAGCCACCGUAAUGUGAUGAUGAGACUGAACUUGCAGCUGACUAUGGGGACUUUCUCUCUUUCCCUCUUCGGAUUGAUAGGAGUUGCAUUUGGUAUGAACUUGGAGUCAUCUCUUGAAGAAGACCCCAGAAUAUUUUGGCUAGUGACUGGGAUUAUGUUCCUGGGAAGCGGUCUGAUAUGGCGGCGCUUGCUUUCCUUCCUUGGGCGGCACCUGGAACCUUCACUACCUCCUCACGUUCCUGCAGUUUUGAAAAAGACCCAACCAGCAGCUGGAAGAGCAGAGAUAAAGAGUGACCUUAAAGCAGAAACAUUUGGGCUGAGCAGAAGCACAGUGACAAACCACUAGAACGGCAGGAAUGGAGAGAUUUUUGUUGUUACAGGGUGGACUUUGGACACUUUCCUUACCUUUGUUCUUCCCUACUGAAAACCUUGAGAAUUUCUAAAAUUAAAUUAAUAUAUAUUUUGUGCCAAAAAGCUAUGGUGAGGUUUUAAUGCUCACACACAAAAGAAACAUCAGGAAAAACAGUGAGAAGCCUUCCACAGUAGCCUCAUGACUGUUCCAUGCGUAUUCCAUUAUAUUUCUGUGUCCACACAUCACACAGGUACUCAUUAGGGGGCAUUCUCAUUUCAAGCUUUUCUAUGAAACAAUGGCCUGCCUUAGAUAUCAGCAUAAAAGACAACAGAUAGUCAGCAUUCAUCAAAGAACUUGUUUGUGUUCUGGUAAUUCUGGUUAUGAGCUGCAGGAGCUAAGUCAGCAAUCUGACUUCAAAGAAAAAUCUGCCCCUUUUUAUGGAUUUUUUUAAGCUCUAUUUAAUUGCAGAAAACAUUUUCAAAGCAAAAAGCAUAUCUGCAUCUCAUGAAGCACUAUCUCUAAAUUACCAGUAACCAGAAAUAACUAACAUAAUACUGCUCACCUGAGACAGGAGAAACCAUAAUAGUCUGAAAUGUAGCUACUUACAUCAGGUACUUCUUGACAAUUGAAGCCCAAAAUGUAUCCAGUUUUAAUAACCAGAAAAGCAGGCCCAUUCGUAUUGUACACGUGUGCUUGCCAUUUGCUGCUGUUUCUAUAUGCAUUGAUAUAGCUGCAGUUUAACAAUUUCUUAUGUUAUUAUAAGGACUGAUUCAAACCUUGUUUUAAAAAAUAAUAAAACAGUUUUGGGGGGUCUCCUGAGCUGGGGUCUGCUUUCUUGCAUUUUUCUUUAAAGAUGAAAAGACAAGACAAAUUGGAUUACACUACACAAGUUGUGAGGGCCAAACUCUGCAGCUCUGGGCCUAGGAAGUGGCACCAGAGUGAGUUAAUGGGUGUGGAAAUCUGGUGUGAGUUCUGUGAUUGUCAGAAGAAAGAAGUAAUUUUUUCUUUCUUUCUUUCUUUUUCUCUCUUUUCCCUUAGGACUUGCUUACCUUUGAGAGUGUGAUUCUCCACUAACCUCUCUCAGUGUAGAGAGGAAGUAUGAAAUAUUUCCAAAUCAGGUCACAGGCUUUCAAGCCUUAGGUUUUGUUUUGUUUUGUUUUGUUUUUUAAAAAAAAAACUCUCUUCAACAUACAGUAGCCAUACAGUAGCCCCUUAGGUGCCACCAGAUAAGUCACUGCACUUAACAGGGGCUGAAAAGACAAGAAUUACAGGUGUGAACAUUUUGACUUGGGCCUGACAGGUAAAAAUGGAAAUGAAAGGAUAAAGAAAUCAGUAUUAUGCAGGUCUGUAAUCUUAAUAUGGUUAAAAUCUGUUGCAUUUUAUUAUUGUCAAACAGUUCUUGCUUCAGAUGUGAUUUCAGCUAUAGGUAUAAAAAGCACAAGAUGAGAAAAUUAAUGGGGUCCAUAAUGCUUUUCUCUUGAAUUUGUAGUUGAACUCUGUUGCAGACUUUGUGCUUGCAAGUAGAGAUUUAAACAACUUAUAAACAGCAAUCUAGGGGAAAAAAAACAAUGGCUCAUGUACCUUGGCUGAUUAAUGAGUGAAGGGACACAGGUGUUAAAUGUUUUCAGCCAAGUAGCAAUUGUAUUAGGCCAGGACUGAAAUGUGUUGGUACAGCUGUAUGGGAAGCUUUCAGUGAUGCUUCCCAAGCUCGCUCUUCUGUGCAGAUGGAGGUUUCUGUGAACUGUAUUGACUGCUUCCUGUACAUAACUAACUUAAAGCACAAUAAAAGCAUUUAGAGAAA